AUGCUUUUACAUGCUUCAUUAGCUUACACUUAUCGUUCAACGGAUUCACUGACUGUAUGGAAACCGACAACAACAACAACAACAGCAACACCAACACCACCAACAAUCUUCGAUAGUGAACAAAUUUCAAACAAAAUUGAAACAUUGAAACAUACUAAACAAACUGAUUUAGUGUUGAAAUUAUAUUUACAAAGAAGAAGUUUUUUCUAUAUAUGGAAUAUUGUUGUACCGUGUAUUCUACUCACCAUGUUAACACUGGUCACUUUUUGGACACCAGUUGUUUCAGGUGAAAAAGUUACCCUUGAAUUGUCAGUAUUUUUAGCAUUUUCUAUGUUUAUGAUGUUGAUAGCUGAACGUGUACCGCCGACAGCGAAAAGUAUUCCACUUAUAGGUGUGUAUAUGACUUCAGUAAUGACAUUAACAGUUGGAUCAGUUGUUGCCUGUGUGAUUGUUAUAAAUUUGGAUUCAAGAGGUGAAAAGUUAACACGUGCACCGAAGUUUCUACGUCGUCUCAUGCAAUCUCGCAUAAUUCGCUUGUUUUACAAAGAUGAUAAUAUCAACAAAUCUGCUGUUGUAUCUUCUAUAAUUGAAAAACUUUCCAUGUCCACUGCUACUAGUCAAGAGAAUAAAUUAGCAAAAAUUAAUGGUCAAAUUUCAACACUUUGUGAAUUGAAUCAACUUCUUACUAAAAAUGAACAGUUGACUAAAGAAAUUCAAUCAAUCUAUCAAGAUUAUUUGUGUGUCUCAAGCUUUAUCAUCAAUGGAUCGAAUCAGUUGAAGAAAAAAACAUCACCAUUACAUUCAUUAGAUUCAAUUUACAAUGAUCAAGAUGUUCUUGUUGAAGAGGCAAUGAAUCACCGCAUCCUUUCACCUCAAACCAUGUCAGCUUCACUCCUUGAAUCAUCAUUUCGAAUGUCAUCACAAAGAGAUGUCAAUAAAUUACAGAACUAUCUACCAUUGUCUAUAAUACGUGAUUCUACGGAGCUACUGAGUACAGAUAUCGAUGUACACAGAGACAUACCAGUUACUCCUUCUGGUAUUAAUUAUUCUAAAACUAUUACUUCUAGUAAUAAUGAUGAAGAAAAUAAUCAUAAUGAUAAAGUAAGAGAUCAAGAAAAGGAUACUCGUUCUUCAACUUAUUGUUCAAAUAACUUCCAGUUUCGUUUAGCAGUGUCUAGACUCAUUCAUACGAAUUUUCAUAUACAGUAG